CAAUCUUAAUGAUAUUUUCAAAGGUAAUCAGCCCUCAUUGUACAAGCAUGUCGGUGGACAUGAAGAUAGGAUUCCUUGGAGCGGGCAACAUGUGUCAAGCAAUAGCGGGUGGAAUGAUUGCCAGUGGCACAGUGGCAGUAGAAAACAUCAUAGCCAGUGCACGAAGUGAAGGAGGGUUGGCUAAAGUCAGGAGCAUGGGUAUCAGUACUCUGGAUAAUUGCCAAGUAGUUGCGGAAUGUUCAGUGGUAUUCCUGGCAGUUAAACCACAUAUUUUACCGGGCGUGUUGGAGCAGGUGGCUGGUUCUGUUACAGAGGAUAAACUGCUGGUUUCUGUUGUUAAUUGUACUACAAAUCAGCAGAUUGAGGAUCUUGUUGGUAAGAAAGUACCAGUAAUGAGGACGUUACCCAACACUCCAGUUAAAGUAAGAUCAGGAGUAGUUGUUGCGUACCCAGGAACCCACUGUACCCCCCACCACACCUCCCUCUGUAAAUCCCUCAUGGAACCGCUCGGUCUCUGGUCCAUCCUACCCACAGAAGCUCUCAUUGAUGUGGCUAGUGGACUCUGUGGUAGUUCCCCUGCCUUCAUGUUCAUGAUGGUGGAUGCCAUGGCAGAUGCAGGAGUAAGAAUGGGGCUGCCCUGGCAAGUAGCAGCUAGUUUAUCUGCCCAGACAAUGCAGGGGUCUGCUAAGAUGGUGUUGGAAUGUGAUGAACACCCCCUGCAGCUGGCUAACAAUGUGUGUUCUCCUGGAGGGACUACUAUUGAGGGGGUUUAUAGACUCAAUAGGGCUGGUUUUAAAGGUAUUGUUAUGGAUGCUGUGAUAGGGUCCAUUGAGAAGACUCAGGGUAAGGAGAUGAGAUACAAUUAUUAAAUUAUUGUAAGGUAUUAUUAGGGUAGGUAACCUUAUUUUAGUACAAUAUUAUGAUACUUUGAUAGGAGUAAAAAUCUAUAAUUAGCA